UCCCUCCCCGCAGUCUCCGUGAUCCCGUCCGUCCGUCUGGGCCGUGGCUGGCUGCUGUCUGUCCGUAGUGCGGCUGCGCCGGGGCGGCCCAGGCUCGGGGGCCCGGGCGGUCCGCGACUCUUUGUCUCAGAGCCCGAACGGCAGCGAGCGGCGCAGCAGCAGCAGAGGAGCAGCAGCCGCAGCGGCCUCGGAGCAGCAGGAGCACCAGCAACAGCAGCAGCAACAACAGUAGAAGCGAAGGCGGCCAGCGCGGAGGCCGAAGCACCAGCAGCAGCAGCAGCAGCAGCAGCACCAGCUGUAGCCUCAGCCCCAACCCCAGGAACCGCGGCGUCUGCGGACAGGCAGGCAGGCAGGCUCGGAGCGUCGCCGGCGGGGGACCCCAGCUGCCGCACAUCUGGAUUUGCGGAGCCCCGCCCAGCGGCGGCGGCGGCAGUAGCCGCGGCGGCCCGGCUCGGAGGCACUCGAGAAGAGAAGGAGGCCCAGCGGCCGCUGAGAGGCAUUUGUGGGGUUCGGGGGAGGGUCCGAGGCUCCGGGAGGGCUGUGCGGGGGCCGGCCGAGGGGCUCGGGCUGAGGCCGCCCCCUCCCGCCGGACCUCGCCGCUCCGCCCGGAGCUGUGUACAAACAAGGACCGCGGGGGCUGGCGCCUCUUAAGGUGGACUUGACUGUUUAAGGUGGACUGGGUCUUGGUGCUGGGGAGGCGGGGGUGGCCCUUUUCCCCUUUCUUCCUCCUCUUUCUCACCUUUCCCCCCUCUUGCAUCAGACACUCGCCGGAUUUUGGCGCUGGGGCCGAACUGAGCGGACCUUGACCCUUUCCCCACGGGGCUUUGACCCUCGGGGUUCCUGGAGCUAAGAAGCCAGAGAGAGGAAGGACCAGGAGGAGGAGGACGGACCUCAGCCCCCCGCUCCCCAUCCCAUCCAGCUGCCAACAAUGCCCCCCACCCAUUUGUACUUAAGGGGAGAGCAGCCCAUGGACUGGGGAGUGGGGGAAAGGAGCCACAGGCCCAGCGACCCCGAGUUCGUGGGAAACCUCCGUGGGCCUGGCCAGCCCCGGGCUCAUUCGUGAGCCUGCUCCGUGCUGGAAGAAGGGACCGGCUCUGGGGCCGGCCCCUGGCCCCCGCUGCCUUGCCCUGUGCCCAAGCCCACAUCCACAGCCUUCUCUGCCUCGGACCCCCGCCAGCUGCGUGCCUGACGCCCGGGGGGAUGGAGACGGUGGGAAAGUUUGAGUUCAGCCGGAAGGACCUCAUUGGCCACGGGGCCUUUGCUGUGGUCUUUAAAGGAAGGCACAAAGAGAAACAUGAUCUGGAGGUGGCGGUCAAGUGCAUUAACAAGAAAAACCUGGCCAAGUCUCAGACCCUGUUGGGGAAGGAAAUCAAAAUCCUGAAGGAACUGAAACAUGAAAAUAUCGUGGCCUUGUAUGAUUUCCAGGAAGUGGCCAGCUCCGUGUACCUGGUCAUGGAGUAUUGCAAUGGGGGUGACCUCGCUGACUACCUGCACUCCAUGCGGACCCUGAGUGAGGACACUAUCCGGCUCUUCCUCCAACAGAUUGCAGGCGCCAUGAAGAUGUUGCACAGUAAGGGGAUCAUCCACCGGGACCUGAAGCCCCAGAAUAUUCUUUUGUCCUACUCGGGGGGCAGAAAGUCCAACCCCAACAACAUUCGAGUUAAGAUUGCUGAUUUUGGAUUUGCCCGUUACCUGCAGAACAACAUGAUGGCGGCCACGCUCUGCGGUUCUCCCAUGUACAUGGCCCCUGAAGUCAUCAUGUCCCAACACUAUGAUGCCAAAGCUGAUCUGUGGAGUAUAGGGACAAUCAUUUACCAGUGUCUGACGGGCAAAGCCCCUUUCCAGGCCAGCAGUCCACAGGAUCUACGACUGUUCUACGAGAAGAACAAGACGCUAUUGCCCAGCAUCCCCAGGGAGACAUCCAGCCCCCUGAGACAGCUGCUUCUGGGUCUUCUUCAGCGGAACCAUAAAGAUCGGAUGGACUUUGAUGAGUUUUUCCAUCACCCUUUCUUGGAUGCGAGCUCCUCCAUCAAGAAAUCUCCUCCAGUGCCCAUGCCCUCGUACCCCAGUUCAGGUAGCUCUUCCAGCAGCAGUUCUGCCUCCCACCUGGCCUCACCUCCUUCGCUGGGGGAGAUGCAGCAGCAGCUACAAAAGACCCUGACCUCCCCAGCCCCAGAUCCAGGGGGCUUCCUCCAGGGCUCCAAGGACUCUGGUGGCAGCAGCAAGAACUCUUCCUGUGACACGGAUGACUUUGUCAUGGUCCCUGCCCAGUUCCCAAAUGACUUGACAGGGGAAGCUGCUGGAGCCAAGGCCCCUCAGGACAGUUUGAUGUAUAGUGGGAGCUCCCUGGUAACUUCAGCUGGGCUGGAGAGCCAGGGACGGACGCCAUCUCCCUCACCCCCCUACAGUGGUUCCCCCAGCCCCUCUGGCCGCCCCAGCGCGUUCUCCAGUAGCAGGUACGGCCCCUCCGUCCCCAUCCCGGUGCCCACGCAGAUCCAGAACUACAGGAGAAUCGAGCAGAACCUCCAGUCUCCCAACCAGUACACUCCGCCCCCACCACGGUCCGGCAUGGUCCGGAGGUCCAGUAGUACCAGUCCCCUGGGCUUUAAGACCGGCAUCUCCCCCCCAUCCUUCCCCGAGCACGGAGCCACCUUUCCUCGGAAGUCUUCUCUGGGGGGCGCCAAGCCCUAUAACCCGUCUCCCCAGGCCGGGGCUGUCCCGGAGCGUCCAGCACACAGCAGGAUCCCCUCGCCGCAAGGCACCGAGAUGUGUGGAGUUGGCGGCGGUGGCAGGGUCUCCAGACCUGGCACCUCUCUCCCAGAACACUCUCCCAGGGGCCUGGGCUACCGUCUGCACAGCGCCCCCAACCUCUCUGACCUGCAUGUGGUGAGGCCCAAGUUGCCCAAGCCGCCCACGGAACCUCUGGUAGCCCCCUUCGGUUACCCCCAGGCCAGCCCCCCCCAGCAGCACUACGGGCUGCAGCCGUGCCGGACCCUCAGGGCCUCCCCGAAGCUGCCGGACUUCAUGCAGCGGAACCCCCUGCCCCCCAUUCUGGGCUCCCCCACCAAGGCUGUCCCUGCUUUUGAGUUCCCCAAGACGCCGAGUUCCCAGAACCUGCUCACUCUCCUGGCCCAUCAAGGGGUAGUGGUGACCCCAACACGGAACCGGACUCUGCCUGACCUCCGAGAGAUGGGCCACUUCCACAGCCCGCCCAGCCUGGGCCUGAGGCCCGUGGAAGAGCUCAAGGGACCCUUUGGCAGGUCCCUCAGCACCGGCCGCCUCACGGACCUGCUUCUCAAAGCUGCAUUUGGGUCCCAGGCCCCUGACACCGGGAGCAAUGAAAGCCUUCAGGAGAAACCCAUGGAGAUCGCACCCUCUGCUGGAUAUGGAGGGAAUCUGCUCCCCGGGGCCAGGACUGGGGGCUCUUCCAGCCCCUCUCCUGUCAUAUUCACGGUGGGCUCCCCUCCCAGUGGCACAACUCCACCUCAAGUCCCUCGCACCCGGAUGUUCUCAGGUCCCUGCUGGCUGCCUCUCCUUCACCCACAUGCAGAUACCCUCCUGGGCUCCUCCAGUUCCCAGAGCUCGGGCGGCUCCUUCAGCGGCCGCCAUCUGAUCCCGGGCAUGGGAGGAGAGGCCUCGGAGGCCCCGGGCAAUCUGCGCUGCUAUGGCUUCACCGAUCCCAUCACUGCCAACCUGGAGGGGGCCGUGACCUUCGAGGCCCCGGACCUGCCCGAGGAGACGCUCAUGGAGCAAGAGCACACGGACAUCCUCCGAAGCCUCCGGUUCACGCUGGCCUUUGUCCAUUGCGUCAUGGAGAUGGCCGCCGCCAAGGGCAGCUCCGGUGAGAUGAGCAGCUCCGUGGCGUCCGAGUACCACCUGCAGGAGAGCAUCGUGGCCGACCAGAUCAGCCUGCUGAGCCGAGAGUGGAGUUACGCGGAGCAGCUGGUGCUGUACCUGAAGGUGGCCGAGCUGCUCUCCUCUGGCCUGCAGACCGCCAUCGAGCAGAUCAAAGCGGGGAAGCUGUGCCUGUCAUCCACCGUCAAGCAAGUCGUGCGGAAACUGAAUGAGCUCUACAAGUCCAGCGUGUCCUCAUGCCAUUGUCUGAACCUGCAACUGCAGAAAUUCUUCCUGGAUAAGCAGAAGCUCAUGGACCGAAUCAACAGCAUCACAGCAGAGAAGCUGAUCUUCAACUAUGCUGUGCAAAUGGUACGCUCUGCAGCCCUGGAUGAGAUGUUCCACCACCGGGAGGAUUGUGUCCAGCGCUACCACAAGGCCUUGCUGCUCAUGGAAGGUCUCCAGCAGAUCCUUACAGAGCAGGCAGACAUCGAGAACAUCAACAAAUGCAAGAUGUGCAUUGAGCGGAGACUUUCGGCCCUUCUGUCUGGCAUUUGUGCCUAAGCCCCCACCACCCAUCCACCGUGCAACUCCUCUUGCCACCCGCCAGCCUUUUAUGCUUCACGGGACACCUGUCCAUCCACUCUCCAGCCGUGGGACCGUUCUUCGCUACUGCGCGGGCAGCAUCCGUUGCCUCCGUGGCCUCAGCCACACAGAUGCAUCAGAACAAGGCUGUGGAGUCUGGGUUUGGGAACCCUCCCAGGAACAGAGCAAAGGGGCUUCGAAAUGACAACAGUCACCACUGUGUCCGCCGCUCAGAAAUGGGACAGGGAUGGGGGUUUUCUCUCCCUGGGGGAGACCAGAAUUUCCGUCCCCAUCGUCCUUUGUCCUUUGAAGAGAGAGUCAAGCUGCUACAGAAUUAACUCUUACCAUUUCCAGGGGUCGGGCCCGUCCAAUGCUGUGUCUGUUGCAGGCAGCGGGCACAGGGACACGAGGAAGGGACCCCAAGCAUGAAACCCUGACACCAGGCCAGUUAUUUUCCCCACCCCUCCCUGCCCCCUCCCCUCCAUGCUUUCUUCUGCCAGUCAAUCACUCUCCCCCCACCUGGCACUCCAGCAACUACCUACCUGCACACGGCCAGGACUGGAGCCACCCAGGGUGGAUGGGGAAUCGGAAAAAAAAAAGACCGACUUUUCGCCUCAAGAACUUGGAUGAUUUUUGUGUGCUGGAUCUCUUUAACGCCAAAACGUGCGUCUUCUCAGUGGCUCCAUCCUCAACGUGGGCAAAUGGGAAUGCACAUCAUCUCUUGCUUUUAAUCUUGACUUCAAGGGGGAAUUUAAAAAUUUUAAAAAAAAUCUAAAACCCCUAAGCCAACCCAUAUUAGCUUUGUGAAACCGGAAGGAGCACUUUACACACCGUGGUUGGAGACAAGAGGACCUUUGACCGUGCCUCCCGGGGUCUCCACCACCAUACUGACUGCUAGAAAAAAACUCUCCUCUUUUCUCCCAUCUUCCCCUCACACCCCCAGUUACUAUAUUGCACUACGAGCGUGUACAUAUAUAUAUAUAUAUACAUAUAUAUAAAAAUGUGUGUGAGUGUGUGUAUGUUGUGUGUAUUUAACAGAACUGUAUCCUGUGCUUGUGAUGGAAACAACAGAUGCAGCAUCUCACUGUGCCAGCUUGGGACCUGCUGUUCCAAGAGAAGAGAGAUACAGUCCUUUUAAUUUAAAUGUUCUUUUAAGGACAGACAGUAUAACUAUAAAGCCUCCAGGCUUUCUAACUUCAGAACAGAUGUUGAAAAAAAUCUCACACACUUCAGACCUAAAAAAAAAAAAGUGUUUUGUGGGUUUUUUUUCCUUUUUAAAGGAAAAAAAACUUUAUUAUUAUAGUUUUGGUUUUCUUUUUAUUGUUUGAAAGGGUUGGGUGGGGGGUGGGGGGGCUGGGUGUGUGGGUGCUUGUGUGAUCGUGUGAAUGAUCCGGAAAGCUCAGUCUUUUUUUUUCUGAUGAGACUUUGGAGCCAAAAGGAUGCCAUGGGUGAAUGGGGCUGGUUGGGUCAUUUGCUUGGUGACUGGUGUGAAUGGAAUGGUGAGCGUCCAGUGGCUUCUCAGGUCUUCUCUGAACACAGGGUUCUGAUAGCAGUAUUGUGUGAGCCCCUGAGGGAAACACUAAAACCUUGGGCCAACCGAGGUGCACGUGGGUGGGAAGGGGUGCUCAAGACCACCCCCAACCCCCUUGCCCAGGCAAACCUUCAAUUGGGUGACACUCGACUUCACAGAACGUGGAGACUAGUUUGCAUGUUCUGUGCCAUUAAACAUAUAUGCAAGAAGUUUACCUAAAGCCUGCCCUGCUCUUCCCAGGAACAAACUCACCCCCUUCUAAUGGGACCCAGCAACUUGCAGAGCUCUUUGGCAGCCGUGAAAAGGGGGUCCGAUGAUUGUGGCUUGGGUCUCCUGCCCUCCCCAACCUUGGAGUCCAGUUUUCUGGAGGGCAGAGAGUGGGGACUUCCCAUGAACCAGAAAGGCAGCCAUUAGUGUCCCCCCACUUCCCCCCGGGAGCCCCCAACUCAGGUAAAGGGGCCCUGUGCUUGAGAAGCUAAGCCAUGGGAGUUGGUCAGUCUGGGACCCAUUUUCCCACCUGGGCUUCAAGUUCUGUGAAUGUAUAAUAUUGCAAGAGUCCACAUUCAACCCAUAGAAAGACUCAUUGCCUUCCCCCAGAAGUGGUUUACAAAUUUUCUAUCUCUAUAUACACAUACAUAUUUAUGUAUAUAAAAUUAACAUAGGUGUAUAUGUAUGUGUACGUAUACAUAUAUAUAUUUUUUUUUUCUCAAUACUUGAAAUCGCCACUGCUUGGAAUUAAAGACGAGGGGGAAGAAAAAAAUAGUAGCUUUGCCAUCACCUUGGCAACAUUUUCACUUAUCUGCAUGUAGUGUGUUAAUUAACUUUCCCUGCUGAUUAGUAUUUAUUGCUUUGCAGUCCAUUAAGGAGUGCAAAAAAAAAAACUCAAACAGGGAAACAUGGCACCAUGGGUUGUUACUGGCAUCCUCUGUGUUCCAGAGUUGUGUCUGUGGCCACGUUUUGUGUGUUCUAGUGUCUUAAUAGGUUUUGAGAGCCCUCAGCCUAAUGAUGAAUGCAUAGCUUCAGGAUUGCGUGAAAAGGACAUCCUGUUAUUCUUCAUGGUAAUUAAUGCCUGAUAUGUGGUGGUUGUUUGUUGUUUUUUUUAAAGGUUCUGUUUGUGUGAUUUCCACCCUUUUUUUUUUCUUUAAAUUGUGUAAUAUCGAUUUAAGUAAAUAAACUGAUUUGAAAUUGUU